UAAACAAAGCACGAAUCUGUCAGCAUCAGUCAAAAUAUUUUCAAUUCUUUCUAAAAUCACCAAAAUCACGCAUUAUUUCUAGUGGAUUAUUGGAAAACAGUGCGAAUAAAUUGAUUAAUAUAUCGGUAAACUAAAGUUAAAAAGCUACGAUGCAGGUUAAUAACUUGGUGCGAUUGUUCAACUCUUCGAGGCUGCGAAUCAGCUCCAGAACAUCUUUACCAUCGUAUCAGCUGGUCGCCAACUUCCAGACAACGACACAGCUGUCUGAUCCGGCCAGCACCGGCUCGGCGCUUCCAGAAAAGCCAAAACGUCCCGUCAAUGCUUACCUAAGGUUCCUCCAGACCGUUCGUCCUAGCCUGAAGGCCAAGAAUCCCGACGCAUCCCCGGCGGCCAUUUCCAAACUGGCCGCUGUCCAGUGGCAGAUGCUGGAUUCGGCUGCGAAGGCGAAGCACGAGGACGAAUUCAAAAAGGAGCAGACCGUCUGGCUGCAGAAGAAUGCCAAGUACCUAAGUCAGCUGACCGAUCAGCAGCGGGAGGAUAUCCGUCAGGCACGGUCGGAGAAAUCGGAAGAGAAAGCCAAACGAGAGCACCGAAAGAAACUGAAAGAUCUCGGAAGGCCAAAACGACCGUUGAAUGGAUUCCUGCUGUAUAUCGCCGACCGCAAACCAAAGAACCUGUCCAAGGAAGAGAACAAACAACAGCUGAAGCUAUUGGCACAAAAGUGGGCCCAACUGAGCGAUGCGGACAAAGCACCCUACAAUGCGCAGGCAGCGGAAGCAUUGGUGAAAUAUCGAGAGGAAGUCGAAAAGUGGGAGGAGAAGAUGAUAGCUGGAGAUCAUCUGGAUGUGAUUCGUCGCAAACAUCUGAUCCUGCCGCCGGGAUCGUUAGCGGCCAAAGAGGCUAAAACGAAAGCCCCGAAAUAGGAACUCGGGUGUCCCUAUCCAGACGACCAUCGUCAUGCAGUAGCAGCAGCAGAAUCCCUAACAUCAAAGAAUCCGGAAGCACCUAUCGAUCACAAGACAGCCCAGCUUCACGAGGCGAAACCACUGGAUAGGGAUACGGGAGAAACGGCCAAAGUAGAGACACUAGUAGACAGUAAGCCCGAUAAUAGCAGUAACGUUAAGACGAAUGCAGUACAUUCGGAACCAAAACGAAGCGAGAGCGAGAAGCAGCAGCAACCACAGCAGAAUAAGGGUAUCGUUAACCGAUUGAAAUCGAUGUUCAAGUUUUGACAUUGGACCCGAAGGAAGGACAGUGCGAUUCUUUUUCUUACGUUAUGGUUGUAUUUUUGAAAGAGGAGUAUAUGCAUUUAUAGAGGAUUUGUUUUGUCUAUCGAUCACUGUCCUUUCUUAAUGGGAAAUGGAUUAUCAUUAACAGCCCUUUUGUAGUGUGUAACAUAAGUUUGAUCGAUCAAUGCCAUAUUACCCUCGUUUUAAUCGUCAAAUAAAACUAAUGGCUUGUAGUUUUGAGAUUUA